AGGCUGCAGGCGCCAUGGGCAGAGCAAGGCACAGAGCCAGCGCUCAGCGCCGGCGGCGAAAGCGGCCCGGGGAUCCUCCUGCCACCUGCGCAGCCAUCGCCGUCAUGGGCGCCAGCCGCGCGAGGUGCCCACCUGUCCAAGUCGGGGUUGGGAGCCAAGCGGCUGGCAGGGAGCGGGCGGCGGCCAAGCGAUGGCGUGGAAAGGCGCGGCGCAAGCGCUGGUGGCGGCGGGUCCGGGAGGCGGGCGCCAAGGAUCUGCUGCUCCCGCCGCCUCUGCGGAAUCCCCGGGCGCCCGCGCCCACCCCACCGGCACCCGCCACGUCCCCGGGUGAGCUGGACCUGGGCGCGCAGCGCGAGCGCUGGGAGACGUUCCGCAAGCUGCGGGGCCUCAGCUGCGAGGGUGCCGCCAAGUUCCUGCUGGACACCUUCGAGUACCCGGGCCUGGUGUACCACACCGGGGGCUGCCACUGCGGCGCCAUCCGCUUUGCGGCCUGGGCCCCCGCCGAUCUGCGCGUGGUGGAGUGCAGCUGCAGGCUGUGCAAGAAGAAGCAGCACCGCCACUUCCUCGUCCCGGCCGCGCGCUUCACGCUGCUGCAGGGCGCCGAGAGCAUGGUCACCUACCCAUCCAACACGCACCCGGCGCUGCACAGCUUCUGCAGCAGGUGCGGGGUGCAGAGCUUCCACGCCGCGGAGUCCGAUCCCCGCGUGUACGGCGUCGCCCCGCACUGCCUGGACGCGGGCACGGUGCGCAGCGUGGUCAUCGAGGAGGUCGACGGUGGCGCUUGGGCGCAGGAGGCCACCGAGGAGAACGACGCCAUGCAGAACGCGCCCAGCGAGGCGGCCCCUGCCUGUCCUGGCCAAGAGGAGCAGUGACUGAGGCCGCCAGCGCGCCCAGACAAACGUGCGGGCCCUUCCAGCCAGCCCGUGCGGGACUUGGGGAAAUAGACAUUCUCCCGUGAACCAGGUCUGUUUCCGGACUGGUCAACCUGUGCUGUCAGUGCAAGCUACCUGUCCCUCUUUCCCCUUCCCCUCCAGUUCUGUUCAAGGGACUUGCUCCUGAUCCAGAACUUGAGCACACAUGCCUUCGUCUGUGUACACGGAUCAUCUUGACAUCCAACCAGCCAGUAGCAUCUCCAUUUAUUCAAGUCAUCGUCCCUAAGGGUCCCCACAUCGCUGGUGGGAAUCCUAUGUACCGUACGUUUCCGGUGCUAUUGUGAACAGGCUUGUGUUCUACACGUGCAUUUGGUGUGCUGGGCGGCUACAUCCCAACAGUUUUGUGAACAGUUAUGGAUGUUUUCCAUUGAUGUCUCUGUGUGUAUAUGUGUGUGUGUUUGUGCUUUAGGUUGACACAUUUCCACUAGUUAGACAAAUGUGUCAUUUUCAGCCAUGUUGUUUAUUUAGUGUGUUUCAAAACAACAUGUUUUAAAAAUUGAUAUUGCAUACCUCAUUUCUCUUAUUCGUCCAUUGAUAUUACUAUGUUGCUCGGUUUCGUGUUAGUAACUGACUCUAGAGAGGGGGUGGGGAGACAGGAAUGAGAAGGAUGUUUGUGCACUGGAUGCCCUGUUUAUUCUUUUGAAAUCCCUAUCUUGUAUAUGUGUUAAGUGUUCAGAAAUUAGUAAAUAAUAAAUAGAAAAUAUGUAUUUCUAUGUUGUAUAUUAAAGAUAAUCAUUAAUUUAUAUGUAAUUUCUUGAUAUCUGAAAUUUUAACCAAACAAUAGAUGGUUGGUAUUUUCUCAUAUCCAAGGAUAUAUAUGAAUAUUAGUGUCAUUUAAUCACUUCCUAGAACUAAAACAGUGUAUCUUCCAUAACUUAUUUAAGCAAACUCCUCUGAUGAAUGUUUAGCU